GGUGAUAGCCAUAUGGGUAACUGUGCCCUCCUUCUCCUCAGGUGACCAGGCAUUGAUGCUCCCCCAGGGAGACCAAGCCUGCAAGGAGGCCACCCCCGCUGGCUGCUGCGCACAUGGUUUCUGGGCCCCUGGCACUCCGGUGGUGCGUGUGGGGAGGGUGCGGGGACAUGGGGCCUGACAUGGAGCUGCCCAGCCACUCGAAGCAACUCCUGCUGCAGCUGAACCAGCAGAGGACCAAGGGUUUCCUGUGUGACGUCAUCAUCAUGGUCGAGAACUCCAUCUUCCGGGCCCACAAGAACGUGCUGGCCGCCAGCAGCAUCUACUUCAAGUCACUGGUGCUGCAUGACAACCUCAUCAGCCUGGACACAGACAUGGUCAGCUCCACAGUGUUCCAGCAGAUCCUGGAUUUCAUCUACACAGGCAAGCUGCUGCCCAGUGACCAGCCAUCCGAGCCCAACUUCAGCACCCUCCUCACCGCCGCCAGCUACCUCCAGCUGCCUGAGUUAGCAGCCCUCUGCCGCCGCCGCCUCAAGCGGGCGGGCAAGCCCUUUGGCUCUGCACGGGUAGGGACUGCUGGCAUGGGGCGGCCCCCCCGCAGCCAGCGCCUAUCCACCACCUCCGUCAUCCAGGCCCGUUACCCAGGCCAUGGGGAUGGGUGCAAGGGAGCCCAUCCUGCCCAGGAGCUCCCCCAGGCCAAAGGCUCAGAUGACGAGCCCUUCCUCAGCACCUCCAACCAGGAUGGGGCACACAGCCUGAGCCGGCCAUUGUGUCCUGUCGGUGGAGAAGCUGGUCUGAGCGGCUGCAGCGGCAACACCAAUGGGAGCAGUGGGGCCUGUGAGCAAGAGCUAGGCCUGGACCUGUCUAAGAAGAGCCCCCCUCUACCCCCUACCACACCUGGACCCCACCUCACUUCCGACGACCUAUCCCAACUGAGUGACAGUCAGCAUGGCUCGCCCCCUUCCGCCCCUGUCCCUCCUGUUGCCAACAGUGCCUCUUAUGCCGAGCUGGGGGGUGCCCCUGAAGAGCCCAUGGAUCUGGAGGGAGCUGAGGACACCCCCUUGAACCGGCUGGAGGGGUCCAGUGGGCAGCCCCGGAAGAGCCUGCGACAUUCAGCUCGUAAAAAGGAUUGGAGCAAGAAGGAGCCCUGUGCCCCCCUGGAGCGGAAGGAGGUGGUGCCCAAGGGUGAGGAGGGCGAGGGUCUCGGGAACAGGGUGCCCAACGGUGUCCUAGGUGGUGGGAGUGGCCCCAGUGGGCCUUUUGGAGAGCCCCCAUACCCCUGUAAGGAGGAGGAGGAGAAUGGCAAGGACGGGAGCGAGGACAGCGGGCAGAGCGGCAGUGAGGCAGGCAGUGGACCUGCUGGUGCUCACUACCUAUACCGGCCUGAGGGCUACGAGACAGUGUCCUAUGGGGAUAACCUGUACGUGUGCAUCCCCUGCGCCAAGGGCUUCCCCAGCUCCGAGCAGCUCAAUGCCCACGUGGAGACACAUACGGAGGAAGAGCUGUUCAUCAAAGAGGAGGGGGCUUAUGAGACAGGCAGUGGGGGAGCUGAGGAAGAGGCCGAGGACCUGUCAGCGCCCAGCUCUGCCUAUGCCGCUGAGCCAAGGCCCUUCAAGUGCUCAGUGUGCGAGAAGACCUACAAGGACCCGGCCACACUUCGGCAGCACGAGAAGACACACUGGCUGACGCGACCUUUCCCCUGCAACAUCUGUGGCAAGAUGUUCACACAGCGUGGCACCAUGACCCGCCACAUGCGCAGUCACUUGGGUCUGAAGCCCUUUGCCUGUGAUGAGUGUGGUAUGCGUUUUACCCGCCAGUACCGCCUCACAGAGCACAUGCGUGUGCACUCAGGUGAGAAGCCUUAUGAGUGCCAGCUGUGCGGGGGCAAGUUCACCCAGCAGCGCAACCUCAUCAGCCACCUACGGAUGCACACCUCCCCCUCCUAG